AUGCUACGACGAAGUAUUCUACGAGCGGGUGCGCGCCCGCCACAACUCCUACGCAGCCCAUACACACGCCGCUAUGCGACAGAGCCCCUCGCGCCUCCAGCAUCGUCCCAGUCGCGCAUCGAGCGCUUCAAUCGCCGUCUACCCAAGUUCCUGCACAAGUACACCAAUGCGCUCGGCAAUGCGCCAGUCACGCACAUAACAUCCUUCCUCAUCCUCCACGAGCUCACGGCCAUAAUUCCCUUGUUCGGGCUCGCAGGCUACUUUCAUUACACACAUUGGCUGCCACCGUGGUUUGCAGAGGGGGCUUGGAUAGCUUCGGGAGUUGAGCGAUUCGGUCGGUACUUCAAACGCAAGGGCUGGAUACGCAGCGACGAAGCGUUAGAGGCUGAACGUGAAGUCGACGAGAUCCAGAAAGAUGACAAACAGAGGAAAUGGAUGAAGGGUAGCGGUUGGUUGUCAGGAUCAGAUGAUGAUGGCAUUGGUAGCGAGACAAAGCGAUUGAGGAAGGUAGAUCAGGCUUGGAAUAUCAGUGAAGGUGGGGUCAGACUUGUGGUUGAGUUCGCGACGGCUUACACGAUCGUCAAGAUGUUCUUGAUUCCGAGGAUUGUGUUCAGCGUCUGGGCUACUCCAACCUUUGCAAGAUGGACCGUUGCUCCGUUUCUGAGGAGGUUUCGUGGCAUGUUCAGGAAAAAGGAUAAAGGCAAUGGUGCGCCUGGAGCAGGCACUGGAGCUAUCGAGGGAGGCGCUGUGCUGAAGGGUGGCAAUGGAAAGAGUUCGUAG